GUAGCUUUCAUAUGUGUGUGUAUGAAUAAUGCCUUUGAAUCAUGGGACAGAUCCAUGAGUUCCAUAUAGAUGGAGAGACUUUAUACUGUUGCGCUCAGUGUUCAACCCCGCUUGCUUCGUCGUCACACGUGUUGUCUAAAAGCUUCCGCGGCCGCACUGGCGGCGCAUGGCUGUUUUCUCGAGUAUACAACGUAACGGAGGGAGAUGUUGAGGAGCGAAUGAUGAAUACAGGUCAACAUUCGAUUACUGAUGUCUAUUGCAACGGCUGUGGUACAAAUUUAGGCUGGAAGUAUUAUGAAGCUAACCAUGAUUCUCAACGUUACAAAUGCGGCAAGGUUAUAUUAGAAAAGCAUCUUCUGUUAGGUGCUGAAGAUGAUGACUCCGAGUCAUCUGAAGACAGCAGUACUUCCGAUAUGGAGUAGUCAAGCGUGGCA